UAGCUUUAAUUCAAGAAAGGUUAUGACAACAACUGAUCUAGCAUAGACCAGAUGCAUUCCUGGUAAUUUGUACUCCAGCAAAGGAUAUAGCAGCCAUGUGCACUGUAUGGGCAUUUAAAAUAUUUUUAAAUUCCAGACAAAGCUGUACAAGAAAGAAGGUCGGCAUCCAAGCCAACCUUCUCUUUAUAAAAGGCCCAGCAUGCACCAGAAAUGAGACAUAGAUCCAACUUAUCUGUGGCUUCCUUAUUUCUUUCAGAUCAUCCAAUAUGAUUUCUCUGGCGACAGUAUAUCAUGUUCUGGUAGCAACAGUGCCGCUGUAUGCAGCCAUGAUCCUGGCCUAUCUUUCAAUAAAAUGGUGGAAGCUCUUCACACCUGACCAGUGCACGGGGAUAAACAAGUUUGUAGCCAAAUUUUCAGUCCCCCUACUGUCCUUCCAUGUGAUCUCCACCAACAAUCCCUACAAAAUGAACCUCAAACUUCUAGUAGCGGACUCGCUGCAAAAAAUACUUGCCCUCUUUGUAUUUGCAGUCCUAAGUAAAGCAUGCUUUAGAGGCAGCCUGGAUUGGCUAAUUACUGGGUUCUCUCUAUCCACACUACCCAACACAUUGAUUAUUGGGAUUCCCUUAUUAAAAGGUCUGUAUGGGGAUGAAGCUGCCAAACUCUUGGGUCAGAUCGUCGUCUUGCAGAGCUUAAUUUGGUAUACUCUUCUGUUAAUUCUCUUCGAGUUCAGGGCUGCUAAGGCAAUUGCAGCAAAUCCGACUGACAGGGAACUGGAAUCCUCUGAAGGAGUACGCCCCAGACCUGAAGAGGAUGAAGUAAAAUCCCUGUCCAUAAGAAAUAUCAGGAGUUUACUCAUUCUCUGGAUGGCGGGAAAGAAACUUAUGAUAAAUCCCAAUACUUACGCAAGUUUAGCAGGCUUUGUUUGGGCUUUAAUCAGCUUUAGGUGGAGAAUAGAGCUACCAUUAAUAAUUAGCAACUGCAUAUCAAUAUUAUCAGAUGGGGGACUUGGCAUGGCAAUGUUCAGCUUAGGCCUUUUCACGGCAUCGCAGUCUAGCAUCAUAGCCUGUGGGAUUCGGAUGAUGAUUUUAUCCAUGGGAUUAAGGUUCAUAAUUGGACCAGCCUUGAUAGCAAUCACUUCCUAUGCUAUUGGAAUGAGGGCAAAAUUGUUAAAAGUGGCAAUUGUUCAGGCAGCUCUUCCUCAAGGAAUAGUAACAUUUGUGUUUGCUAAAGAGUAUGGCGUGCAUCCAGAUAUCCUGAGCACUGGGGUUAUUGUUGGCAUGAUCAUAGCAGUACCAAUAGCACUCGCGUAUUACUUCAUUCUCGAUCCUAAUUAACUUCUUUAUAUGCUCAAGUUAUGGAGUUCCAUGCUCUUAUAAAAGGCGCAGAAGCAUAGCAUGAACUCUGGAUGGUGACAGCAGUGACCAAUAUUCUCAACCUUCUGAUUCAUAAAAUGAUAGUAAAAGUGUACAAUCACAGUAUGAUUAAGAGGUAAGGUGUUUCCGAAAAUUGCACCAAAGAUCUUUAUCUUGCUGCUCUACAGACACAAGAAUAUUCCACCUAGCCAAAUCCAUUUAGGGACCUGACCAGCAGUAUUUUCUAUGUGGUAUUAUGAGAUUUAUAAAUUGUUCCCACCAAGAAGGAAGGUGAUGCACAUUUGUUGCAGUGGAAUGAUAGAAUCAAAUUGGCUGUGUGUAGAAGAUCAAGACAAUGAAACAGGGACCAUUCUCUUGUACCUUCUAGCGUUGAAUUUCUUAUUAAUUUAACAGAAAGAGGAGGAGAGAACAGAAAAGAGUAGGAGAGAAACAGAGAACAAAGAAUUUAUGCAGAUAACAGGAUGCUGAACACACUAGGCAUUUGCCGGUUACACCAAUAUAUUGCUUAAUAUAAUAGGUAACAAUCUAGAAAUAAAAGGAUGGAUCCACCAAAAUAAGUAUUUCAGUAGACCUAAUAGAAAAGUUUCAUAAUCUAGAACUGCUAUGUUUCAUAAUCUAGAACUGCUAUUAGUUUCAGUAGUGCUACUGUUUUGUUCUGUUUGAAACAAAACAAAACAGCAGGAGACAAUUUCCAGAACCCAUUUCCCAUAGUAUACAGAAACGUUUGAUUUCUAAGAAAAUUAAACAAUACAAUAAUCUUAUUCAAAAGCAUCCAAGCUACACACACGUCAUGAAUUUUGAAAUAACCUCUGUUUCUUGGAAAAACAGAAGCUUUACAUGAGCCUUUUAAUUUGCAUGUGAACUAAUUCAUUGCAAUCAAUGACUACAAUAGGGUCACACCACUUGCAUCUACGGA